AUGUUACAGCAGCAGCGCAUUCGAGCAGCAGAAGCUUCCAUAUCACCAUCAGCCUCUUCGACAGCCGCUGUCAAUGAACGCUAUGGCCCAUUCUAUUUUGAUCAACCGGUCAACCAUUCGGACCCGUCGGCAGGAACGUUUAAGCAUCGCUACUGGGUAAACACCGAUUGGUAUGAAAACGGCGGUCCAGUGAUUUUAUAUAAUGCUGGCGAAAUGGAUGCGAUAUCACGAUCUGUUUAUGUGACAAAUUCUUCCAUGGCACAACUGGCCGAGCAGUUAAACGGCAUCGUUAUAGUGAUGGAACAUAGAUGCUACGGACAGUCGCAGCUAGGAACGGAUUACUCGGUUCAGUAUCUGCGUACAUUGAACACAGAGCAAGCAUUGGAGGACAUGGCAACGAUUAUAAGAGAGAUCAAGUUGCCAAAAUUGGAAUUACCUCCAGCGCCUGAAACAAAAUGGAUCGUUUAUGGAGGUUCUUACAGCGGAAACUUGGCUGCGUGGAUGCGUUAUCGCUAUCCUGACAUUGUCUUUGCUGCCAUUCCAUCAUCAGCGCCGGUUCAAAUGAAAUAUAACUACUAUGAGUACUUCUAUCCUAUCUGGAAAUACGGUCCGAAGCAUUGCAUCAACGCCGUUGAGGAAGUUAUCCGCUAUAUCGACCAUAUACUUUUCAGUCCGUUCUCAGAACCGAAACAUCGUCUUAAAGAGCAAUUUGGUGUGAAAGACUUGGCCCACGAUGACGACUUUGCUGAUUGUAUGCUUCAUAUGACUUUCUCUCUUUUUCUGUAUUUUGUCAUAAAGUCAUCCAGAUCCAGACAAUUCACACAUCAUUAA